CAAAUGUUGGAGAUUACAUUGUAGGUUCUGUUGAAAAUAUUUUUUUUUGAAAAAUUGACGGAAUAUAUUUAAAUAAAUGGCAUAUAGUCUUAUAAAAAAAAACAUAUUUUAUUUUUAUUACUUCAAGAUUUAGAAAAAAGUACAAGGUAGUACUGUUUCUAAAUAAGUUCACUACCACAAUAACAAAUACGUCUAAUUAUUUUUAUUUUUUCGUUAAUCUUUAUUUUAAAAUGAAACAUAAACAUUAUUGAACUUCCGGACUCUGCCUUAAGAUAUAAAAUAAAUAAACAGAAAAAACACGAAUUAAAAAUCUCUUCGGAACCAAUUCGAAACAAAAAAAAAAAAACAAAAAGACAAACAAAAAUCUCGUUAAAUCACAAAGAAUACUCUUUCGAACCAAAGAAUAAAUAUAAAAAAGUAGAAAUGUUAACAAAAUCUAGUCGUUUACACUAAAAAUAAUAACUCUUAUGUUCCUUUUUCUUUUCUUAUUAAGUUUAAAUAUUGAAUAUUUUAUUGUUUUAUUUUUUUUUUCAUUUGCAAAUCUGUGUUAGCUUAUCACAAUAAUAUCCUGGUUUGAAAUCGGUGGUGCAACCACAAAAAAUAACAAAACGACCGACGCCACUCAUUUCGUUAUAUAUAUUUCAUAUCACUUGAGCUUUAAAUUAAUUUAAUAUUUUUGUGCAAAGCCAAUGCAAUUAAAUUAAAUAAUUAAAUUUAAAGAAAGAAAUAAAAAAAACAUAAACUUCGGUUUCAAGAUACUCGUCGAUUCGAGUUCAUUAUUAUACAAAACAAUGCAACAACAACAACAACAACAAAAUAAAAAUAACAACUUUUUUAUAUAAAUAUAGAACUAUUAACAGCCAAUAGAACUGCCAUGAUCAUAUUUGUAUAAGUAAUAAAUCAAUAUUAUGAUCAGUUUUUAAUUUCUAAUGAAUACUCUUCAAUUCCACCAAACGAGUAUAGUGUUCCACAUAAAUUUUUAAACUUCGAGAAACAUACUCGACUGAGUAUGACUAAAGUGGUAUAUUUUUUUUAAGGAUUGAUGUGUUUGACAUUUUUUGAAUAUUUUAACAAGCAAUCUUUGCAGAAUGAGUUUACCAAAAACCUAAGAACCUAAGACAAAACGUUUAAAAAAGUACACAUACGCCACAGUGACCAGAAUAAACUUUUUAAUUGUUUUAUAUCUCUAAUCAAAUAUUGACAGUGGGAAAACAAAAAAAUUGCCUAAAUUUCACUAAACUAUUAACAACUCUGCUAUUCUCUAAUGCUGAAUUUAUUUUAAACAAAAGUAAUAGAGAAAAAAGUGGAAAACGAAACUUUUUGAAUGUAAUUUUUGACGAAAUAAACGCACCAUUUACUACCGGUAUGAUUAUCACUAACUCUAGACAUUUACUAAGUGUCCUUGAGACAAAAGAAAUUCCCAGUGCUCGAAGAAAUCUAUUCAUGAAUUAAAUAACGUCUAGUAAAUUAAAUUUGCAUAAUUAUUGGGACAAAUGAGCACGAAAAUUGUCACCUUCUCACUUACAAACCUACGUAUAUUUCUUUGAAUUUAAAUUAUGUCAAGAAUAUUAUAACACACUUUGUGAAACCGCGGUUUCUAAAAAUUCAUAUAAAAAGAGCUGAAACCUUCCAAGAUGUAUCAUUAGUUAAGAUCCUACAGUCACAGUGACAGCACCAGUAACAGUUUCUUUUACCAAUAAUGACAUUUUCAAAGAUUUAUUCUGGAAUUGGAGCAGUACUCCUCUUUGUUGUUUGCUUGGCAAUAAUGAAUCUUUCAGCUGGGGAACAAAGAAUGUGUGGCCAAGGAUUGAGACAAACCAUGGAAAUGGUGUGUCCAAAUGGUUUUGGAGGAUACAAAAUACUAAAACGAAGCGGACUAAAUCUUGAUGGAGAUUUAAGUAUCGAAGACACAAAUGAAGACUUCAAUUUUGGUCUGAGCCUUGAUAUGUUGCCACUUUUGACAAGCAUGGACAACGGUGGUUUAGCCAAGAUCCGACGACGAAGGCACGGAAUUGUACAUGAGUGCUGUGAUAAGCCUUGCAAAAUGAGUGAAAUGUUAUCUUAUUGUCGUUAAGUUGAAUCUUCUUAUAAAAAUCAUUAAAACAAUACUGAAUACAACGAAUCGGAUAUGUCACUGGAUGUUAGGCUAAUUUUUAAGUAGGAUUUUAUCAAUUUUAUUAAUCUUAUCUUGAAGUAAUUUCGAAAAUAAAAAGUAACUAUUAUAAUUUAUAAAAAAAAAUAGUUUGGCAAUUUUUUGGAUAAAAUUCAAAUGGACUAUUGAUCUUUAGUGGAGCUAUGUAUUUCUUCAUAUAAAACUUGAAGAAGCUCUUGAUCUUAAAAAGUAGGCUUGAAUUUUCAUCAAACAUACACAUGUAGUGUUUUAUCAAGAAAAUAGUACACAGAUGAGUUCGUACUUUUAGAAUAAAACUAUUAUGGCGGUCGGCACCUUCAUAGAACGGCUUUCUUGAUUUCUUUUUCUUCAUCGACUCAAUCGAUUUAAAAUUGUUAAAAUAUUGAAAUUAUACGCAAAAUAAAAAAAAAUCAGUUUUUGGUGAGGAUGAUAUAAACUUACAUUUGGCUUUGAACUAAAUAUCGGUAAACUAUUUAAUAUUUUAAUAAUUGAUAGUUGUUAAAACUAUAGGGAUUUCAUUUUUUUGAAAUAAAAAAAUAAUAAUUCGAAUUUUUUUGUUCUAAGAAACUGUUAAACAAAGAUUUUGUUCGCUAAGCUUAAACUCAAAAAUAAAAUUAUAAAAGCUAAACAUCUGCAAAAAAAAAAUACAAGAAAUGGCUAUUUCCAGUUAAAAAAUUUAAUAUUGAAAGACACAAAAUCCAUGCUAUUCCUAUAAAAAAAAGUU